AUGCUCAUUGCAGUGGAGAAGCACGAAGACAUUGAGUCGAUUCUUUUGGGGAACGGCCUCUCAAAAAGAUCAUCCACGUACACCGGCACAAUCCGCCUGUAUGUUAUAGAGAACAAAACCUCGAUAACAUACACCUCAAACACUGCGAACAACUAUGUAUUUACGCAGAAACAAAGCAGCUCCAAAACGGGCGAGGCAGAAAAUGAGAUACCGCAUCUAAACAUAGAGCUGUCCCAGCAAAUACUAGACCCAAUUUUGAAAGAGUCUCACGCACCAAAGGAGUACAAGCUAAAAGAAACCAUUCUCUUUAAUAAUGAAAUAGAAAUUAAACUGAUAAAUAUAGAGUCAGGCGACAUUAAAGUGCUCACUGCAGUGGAGGGACUGGACCACGCAGUGGAGAUAUUCGACGACAUCCCGGUGGAGACGAUGCCUAUAGGGAGCGCCCCACUGGACAAAACGCUCUGUCUUCUUUUUAUGCGCACUUUACAUAUAUAA